AUGACGGUUCUCUCCAGUAAGUCAUCUACAUCGUCUCAUCCACGACACAGUGAGAGAUAUUAUCAAUGGUCGGCUGUUACAUGGACCUUCUUGACCUACGUCUGUCUGCAUGCUGUGCGAAAGGCUUUCUCUAAUGCUACACCCAACAUGAAGGAAUACUAUGGUUACUCUACUACCUUCUUUGGCAUUAUGAAUACUCUUUUCCUGGUAUUUUAUGCUAUUGGUAUGUUCUUCACUGGACCGCUAGGGGACAUUUACCGUCCUGUUAGAGUCUACUUCCUAAUGGCUGCGCUCUGUUGUGUCACUCAAGUCAUUUUCGGUGGAAUGGUUGAUUGGGCAACGCAAAGUGGAUGGUAUUAUUUUUAUUACGUAGUGUGGGUUGUCAACGCCGUUUUCCAGUCCGGAUGUUGGCCGGCCUCAGUUGUCAUAGUCGGUCAGUACUUCCUGCCCAAGUAUUACGGCACAGUCUUUGGUAUAUGGUCUAAUAACUCCAACGUCGGCAACAUCCUAGGAGCUGCUAUGUGCACACUAAUGAUUGAGAUAUUUGGUAAUCAGGCAUCAGUACCAUGGCAGUUUCUAAGCCCAGCUGUGCUCCUCCUGGUGGUAUCCGCCUUGAUGCUCUACUUACUUCCCCGGGAUCCGCAAUCAGUCGGGUUAAUUAUACAGCCCGAAAGCAUGCUUAGGGAGCCCCUGAACUGCGGUCAAAGUGAUUCCGGCGAGAAUAACGGAGUCGAUGAGAACGAUGGGUUGAACUUCCUUGCUGCUUGGAAAGCUCCCGGCGUAUUGAUGUACUCGUUUUGUUUUGGUUGCAUCUCGGGUGUCAACUACGCUAUGUUCUUCUGGUUACCCCUUUAUCUCACAGAACACGUUGGUAGGACCUCUGCAGAAGCCAAUGGGUAUGAUAUGCUUUUUAAUUUGGGUGUUAUUUUUGGCACUCUCGUAUUAGGAGUUAUUUCUGAUUAUUGUACAUCUAAGUGCGGAGAUUCCUGUCGAGCCCCGCCCAUGUUCGGGUUCCUGGUCCUGGCCAUCGUACCUAUCGCCAUGCUACGUGCCGACCGUCCUUCAACCCUCUAUCUCACCCUUACUGUGUUCGCCUGUGGCUUCCUGGUAGGAUCAGUCGCGAAUGUCCUGUCGAGUGUCGUAUGUGCUGAUCUUGGCCGUAAGUUGCCCAAGAAAGCAGUAGCACAAGUAUCUGGUAUUAUCGAUGGGGUAGGAGCUAUCGGAGGCGCUCUAAUGCAGCUAGUGGUCACAGUUAUCGCCCAGUAUUCCAGCUGGGGUUAUGUCUUCAUUGUAUUGCCAAUCGCUUUGGCCCUCAGUGCUAUCAUUCUCGCUAAGUUGGCGUAUGAGGAAACCAUCCAUUUUGUUAGACAACUAUCACGUUCACCUAGGCUUUCCAUGGCAUCUGCGGGUGUUCUAUAA